CCAAAACAUUGACACGCCAACAAUCACGCGCCGCCGACGCGCUGAGACCCCGCAGCAAUGCAGAGCCACCAGCCGGCGCCGUCGCCUGGCGUGGGAAAAGACGUCACGCCACGAGGAGGUCCGCGCCACAUCAACAAUGAGCCCAGCUCGGUCUCGCGCCCGGUCAAGCGCCUUUCACUGCACACAGGCACCAGCAACCUGCGGGAACCUUCGCCUGGCCCCGCUUCGCCUAGACUGCCAAAGGCCCGCACGCCGUCCUCGCCUCUUCCCACUCUCCGCCGCAGCUCCAGCACGGCAAGCCUGAACCGCGCCUCGUCGCCUGCACCAUUGCUCGCCCUUGGCCGCAAAUCCUCCAGCUCGUCGCUGCGCGGCGACUCGACCGGCACGCCCCGGAGCGCGGCAUCUCGCAGGCCGUCGUUCGCACCCAAUAUGCCUUCGCCAAUCGGGGCCAAGAGCCCGCUGCAGCCGCACUUCGAGGAGAAGCUGCCGUUGCGCGCAUGCGACAUCGCCGAGGAGCACUUCAGGAAGGACCUGGCGCGGCACGAGGGCGCGGGUGGGACAGCAAAGGCGGGCACAAUCGUCAUCGUCCACGACCAAUGCUAUGGACACCGAUACUCGCGACCGAAGACGCCGAAGAACAUGCUCAGCCUGAUCAUGGAGCGCCCGGAGCGCAUACUUGCGAGCGUCCUGGGAAUCUCGACAGCAUACGUGCGUCUUGGCGGGCGACAUGCAGACGGCCACCACCCGUUGCACCCUGAUCAGAACCCACCCGAGCGCAUACCUUUCACGAUUCGCAAGACCUCACGACUGGUCGACGUCACAUUGCCUGUCGUGACGAACGUUCAUGGCACAAAGUGGAUGCAGGAGCUGAAGUCUCUGUGCGAAAAUGCAGGCGAGAAGCUGGCUACCACAGGAAGAGAGCUGGCCAGAGACGCACCAGCAGCCCCGGGACAGCCGCCGAAACACGAAUUCCAUUCUGGAGACCUGUAUCUCUGCGAAGAGUCGUUGAACGCUUUCCAAGGCGCGCUCGGUGGCGUUCUGGAUGCCGUGGAUGCAGUGUUCCAGGGCACUGCUUUUGGGGACGGCCCUUCUCGCGCCUUUGUCUGCGUGCGACCGCCCGGCCACCACUGCUCGGCAGACUUCCCGUCCGGAUUUUGCUGGCUGAACAAUGUCCACGUCGGUAUCGAACACGCCAUGAUGCAGUACGGUCUGACACACGCGGCCAUCAUCGACUUUGAUUUGCACCACGGGGACGGCUCGCAGGCCAUUACCUGGGCACGGAAUAAGAAGGUCCAGAACAUGCCAAAAGGCACAGCGAAUCGCAAGAAGACGUCCAUUGGUUACUUUAGUCUGCACGACAUCAAUUCGUACCCGUGCGAGGACGGCGAUGACGACAAGGUCCAGGCAGCAAGCCUCUGCAUCGACAAUGCCCACGGCCAGUCAAUCUGGAACGUACACCUCCAGUCCUGGAAGACACCAGAGGAGUUCUGGGCGAUCUACGAGGACAAGUAUCUUGUGCUGCUCGACAAGACUCGUCAGUACCUCAAGUUCCACACGAAGCGUCUGAGAAGCGGGCCGAAUCAGCCAACCCCCAAAGCGGCCAUCUUCUUGUCUGCCGGCUUUGACGCCAGCGAGUGGGAGACGGCAGGCAUGCAACGACACGCUGUGAAUGUGCCAACAGAGUUCUACGCCCGCUUCACUCGAGACGUCGUACGUUUAGCCGAAGAAGAAGGCACUGCGGUCGACGGCCGCGUCAUCUCUGUGCUGGAAGGCGGCUACAGUGACAGAGCCCUGGCUAGCGGAGUCAUGAGCCACAUCAGCGGUCUUACGGAUGGUCAGGUGUAUCACGACGCCAAUCCCACCACUGGACUUGCCUUUGACAUGCAACAGAGAUUGAGUGGGCUCAGCAUCACAGAUGACGGUUCGCCCGUACAGUCAGUCGAGGCCAACUUGACACCAGUCACGUACGAUCCAUCGUGGUGGCAUGCUACACAUCUCACCGAGUUGGAGAAUCUGAUCAAUCCUCCACCUCCAAUCGCUCGCAAGAAGACCAACCAGGGACCUCUGGCACAUUUCUCUUCGCCCACGCAGUCCUUCACCGCCAAGGUCGUAGAUCCAACGAAGCUCUCGCAUUUGCAGCCUGGCCGGGGUGUGCCCGUCAAUCCUUCACGGCCGAUCACCCCACCUCCUCCGGAUGUCGAUUGGGCAACCGCAGCGCAUGCGUUGAGUGCGUUGCUCAUACCUGCUGAUCGUCAGACCAGGAGUUGCAGGCCUGAAGAACUUGCUCCUCCACAAGUCAAGAAGGAGAAGCCCGCUGCUCCAGCAUUGACCUCUGUAAAGAUCGAUACAUCAGGUCGACAACUACGCGGCCGCAAACCUGUUACAACCUAUACCGAUCAUGGCUCUGACGAUGAGAAGGCUCAUCGUCCUGGGUCUCGCUCGAGCCGUCGACAGACCAUUGCUGACUUCCAACUGACAGCAGCCGACCCUCCACCAACUCCAUCAAAGUCGCGUCGGAUGAGCAUCGCAUCCAGUGUGUCUUCCAUCGGCGAUCGUAGCGUCAGCCGUGCUCCAAGUGUUCCUCCAUCAAAUUCAAGGAGGCCUAGCGUUGUGCCUUCGACUGCUCUCUCGAAUGGCCUUUCAGUCAAGAAGGGUCGUGGCACAACAAAUGCGGCUUCGGCUCGCGCCCCUCAGCGACCACCCAUACCGCGUGUGCCAUCUGCCUUUACCAGCAAAGCGGCCACUGCCAGGGACAAAGAGAACGACGACAUGGACUCGUUGACUUCGGGUCUGAAGCGGGUCACACUGAAGAUGCCCUCGAGAGAAGAGUACGAGGCGCGGGAGAAGGCGAAGGAAGAAGCGCAGAAGGCUCUCGAAGGCCCAAAGAAGCCGGCCGCGAAAGCCUCGCGCAAAUCGCCCGCCAGCCGUACUACAGCUACCAAGACAGCUGCUAAACCUGCUGCUGGCGUUAUAAAGAAGGGCCGUGGAUCAAGGUCAAAGACAUCGUCGCCUGCUACUACACCAGCGCCGACCAUGCCUCCCGAGCCACCUCAGUUGCAGAGCGCGGCCGUGGCACCGCUUCAACAACCAGAGCCAGUACAUCUCGAGUCCGUCUCCAACUUGGCAGAGCAGUCGAACCCCCCUAUAAACCCACCAGAGACCCUGUUCAACAGUGUGUCUGAGGCUAGUCGGCGUGGCUCCGGCCCUAUUAUCGAGCCCCCAACCGACCUCAGAGAUUCCGUUAUUACCCCAGAACAGCUCCGUGAGCAGCUGCCCUUGCCUGCAUUCGUAGCAGCAACAGAAGCAACUGACAUGACACCUCCCCAACGCGCUGAUACGCCUCCGCCACCACCGCCAGCUACCGGCUUGCAGUUUGUGAACUACAAUGCUUACUCUUUCGACGCUGCCCCAUUAGCAAACGUGCCGCCGACUUCUGAGCCUCAGGCGUCCGCAACCUUACAAUGGCUGGCCCCAAACACCGACACAGCAGUAACACCACCAAAAACGGCAUCCCGUCCCAUAUCACCGGCCAAGAGACAGGAUCUGCCAGUCUUCUCCGCAACAAGCACGAUCCCCUUCGCCGUCCCCGCUCCUCCACCCGCUCCACAACAGGCUGCUCCUCCGGCGGCCAAGACGGAGAACCACAAGGACGUUUGGGAAGUACCCGACACACCAGCUCGCUAGACAGCUCACCUGAGAAUCGAUACCAAACUUGGCGUUUAUUGGUGGGACUAGAGCGCGGCGCUCACAGGUUAAGUUAAUCACCCAACAAGUCGGCGCGCUUACCGCGACGGGGGUGCGCGAAUCAGGCGCCCCAGGCGCCCUUUGCUAGACCUUGCCGUUCUUGUAUUUUGUAGAGAUAGAGAUACCCUUCUUAGAAUCUAAAGUUUUGUUCCCA